CCCCCAUUUCCAGUGGCCACUGUUGCUAGAGGCUGAUUCGGAGCACGGCUGGGGUUACCCUGACGUUUCUGGGAUCGCAGCCAGAAAAGAAGGGAAGGAGAAGAAAAGCCGAGAUUUUUACAGUUUGCUUUUGUCUAAGAGAGCAGAAGGGAGCAGGGGAAGAGUCCCCUUUUUUUCAACAUCACAUUCCUGUGUUUUUCUUUAGCCUGGAAAAUACAUUAAUGCUGGUGCUUUCCUCUCUGGAAACAAAGGAGCUAAACUGGACUGAAGAAGCAAGGAAUGGGAAAGCGGCUUGGGGAAGUUUAAAAGAGAGAGAUUCAGGGCAGCUGCAAGUUCCCUUUUCUUAAAUGAAAUCCCUGCUUGUGUGGGUGACUGGUACAGAAAACAGUCAGACCUGCAGGUAAAUGGAGAAGCAGAGACACCAAAGGAAAUUUCUGUUCGUCUCAUCCUGCCUGUCAAGAAGGUGAAGAAAAAAGAAAGUUAAACGGGACAGAGAAACGGACAGACUCUGGAACCUGUUGGGUUGCAUAAAGAUAAAUCACUGAGCACCAGCAAAGCUGUAUGGCAUUGCUCUCCUUUUAAAGCAAAAAAGACUGGAACCGCAUCUCUGGAAGAGGAACUUUCCUGGGAAUCGGAUUGCACAAUGAACUGGAGAGCAGUUCUCAGCUUAGCCCUGCUAUGGGCAGCAUGGCUAGUGUGCAGCUCUGAGAAGACAGCAAGGCUAGCAGAGAGAGGGAGCCAUGGAGUCAGGAAAGUGCCUCUAGCUUACAGGGCUCCAAGCAGCCUCCUGAGAAGAUCUGGAGCAUCCCUGAGGAAUCUAAGCCCAAAUCCCCAACAUCCUGUCACCAGGACAGAUUCUUCAGCAUCUCCAAAGGCACCUGCCAAUCUCGUGCAUGAGGAAGUACUUCCCCAGGCCAGGAGCAUGGGGAGCAGAACUAGACGAGGACAGAGACUCACAGCUGCAGCCAAGUACUCCAAGUCUGCAAUGAUUAAAGACGAAGGGAUAUCCACUGCAUCCCAGUCACGAGCAGUACGUUUCCCUUCAGGGUCAAGUUCCCCAAAUGUCCUGGCUAGCUUUGCUGGGAAGAACCGAGUCUGGGUCAUUUCUGCCCCUCAUGCCUCUGAGGGUUACUAUCGGCUCAUGAUGAGCCUGCUGAAAAAUGAUGUCUACUGCGAACUAGCUGAGAGGCACAUCCAGCAGAUUGUGUUGUUCCAUGAAGAAGGAGAAGAAGGGGGAAAAGUCAGAAGGAUAACUAAUGAAGGUAAAAUCGUGGAGCAGCCACUAGAUCCUGCCCUCAUCCCUAAGCUCAUGAGUUUUCUGAAGCUGGAGAAGGGGAAAUUUGGCAUGGUGCUGCUGAAGAAAACUCUACAGGUGGAGGAAAGGUACCCUUAUCCAGUGAGGCUAGAGGCCAUGUAUGAAGUCAUUGAUCAAAGCCCCAUCAGAAAAAUUGAGAAGAUGAGGCAGAAAGGCUUCAUCCAGACUUGCAAAGCAGCUGGAGUGGAAGGGCAAGUGGUCGAGGAAGGCAAUAAUGGGGGCAGCACCCGGCCUACCCCUGGCGGUGGACAAGUCCAGGUGCUAGCAAGGAAGGAGGAGCCAAGGAGGAGCAAUAAUCAACCGACAAGGACCAAAACCAUGAGGAAAAUGAUGACAACUACUGCAGCUCCUCCUCCUCCUACAAUAAGGACCACCACCCUCCCUUCCACUACCACAACUACCCGGGCCACCACACGUGCAAUGAUAACAGCAAGCCAGCCUACAACAACAACUACACCCCUCCCGAUCACACAGAGGAGCUGGAUGACAAAGUCACAUACCACCACAGAGCACCAUAGAUUGCCCAUAGCCCCUGAGGCCACCAGACCACGAGUAACAGCUUCUGAGGAUUUCUACUCUCCUGUGUGGAACGCAAACCGCAAAGACCGGCAGCGUGGCCACCCAGAGAAAAACCAGGCAGCCACACGGAGACCAAGCAAAGCUUCCCGCUAUGAGAGUUUCACAGAAGUCCCAACUGCCCCCUCAGUGCACUACACAAAGGCAAGCAUGGGUAGAUUUAAAGAUAACCGAACAGACAGGAAGGAUUAUAACCACAGGGAUCCAAAUAUCACACCAGGGCAACACAAACCAACUAAGACCAAAACACCAAAAAAGAAGGCCCAAGAAAAGAUACUGAGCAAUGAGUAUGAAGAAAAAUAUGACCCAAGCAAACCUACUAGUCCCCAUUUAGAGGAAGAGAUUGCGGUGGGAAAUAUUCCCCCAAAGAAAGGAAAAGAUUCAAAGAAGCAUGACCGAAUGGAUAAACCUGAGAAAAAGAAGAAAAAGGAGAGACCUGACAAACUGCAGAAGAGUGAGAAGCAGUCUAAGAAGGACAAAGCUGAAAAAAAGAGCAAGCAAGAUAAAGACCGCAAUAAGAAGAGCAAGAAGGGGAGCAGAACUGAGAAUGAGGAUUUCCCCAAGCCCAACAAGAAGCCUUUCUUGCACCCUCCCAGGAAAUCAGUGACAGACCUCCUGGAGUAUUUUGAAGGCAAAAGGCGUCUCAUUCUGAUCACAACCCCCAAGGCGGACAACACCAUGUAUGUGCAGCAGCGAGAUGAAUAUCUGGAGAGCUUCUGCAAGAUGGCCACAAGGAAAAUCUCGGUCAUUACAAUUUUCGGCACCAUGAACAACUGCAGCAUGAAAAUUGACCACUUCCAGCUAGAUAAUGAGAAGCCCAUGAAAGUGAUAGAGGAUGAAGAUCUUGUGGACCAGCAGCUCAUCAGUGAGUUAAGGAAAGAGUACGGGAUGACAUACAAUGACUUCUUUAUGGUGUUGACGGAUACCGACAUGAAGGUCAAGCAAUACUAUGAAGUACCCAUAGCAAUGAAGUCCGUGUUUGAUUUGAUUGACACCUUCCAGUCUCGAAUUAAAGACAUGGAAAGACAGAAAAAAGAGGGCAUUGUCUGCAAAGAAGAUAAGAAGCAAUCCCUUGAGAGCUUCCUAUCCAGGUUCCGAUGGAGAAGGCGACUAGUGGUGAUCUCUGCUCCCAGUGAUGAAGACUGGGCUUAUUCCCAGCAGCUUGCUGCCCUCAGUGGACAAGCCUGUAAUUUUGGUUUGCGCCAUAUAACUAUCCUCAAAUUGCUAGGACUUGGAGAAGAUAUUGGUGGUGUCUUAGAGCUGUAUCCAAUUAAUGGAAGCUCUACUGUAGACCGAGAAGAUAUCCCAGCCAAUUUAGUGAAAGACAUCCGAAAUUAUUUCCAAAUCAGCCCAGAAUAUUUCUCCAUGCUGCUAGUUGGGAAAGAUGGAAAUGUCAAAUCCUGGUAUCCUUCUCCAAUGUGGUCUAUGGCAAUUGUAUAUGAUCUGAUUGAUUCCAUGCAGCUUCGGCGUCAGGAAAUGACAAUUCAGCAAUCACUCGGCAUGCAAUGCCCAGACGAUGAGUAUGGUGGGUAUGGUUACCAUAGCUACCACCAGGGAUACCAGGAAGGUUACCAAGAUGACUACCGUCACCAUGGAAGUUACCACCAUGGAUAUCCAUACUGAAAAGAACAACUUAGCCUCUGACUGCCCUGUGCCUGUUUUCUAAUAGCUAUACAAGCAAUAGGUGGGCCAGAUGCAGAGUCUUCCCAUGCCACCUAAAUAUCCAUGCCUCCUUCUUCCACUGUUCAGUCAAGGGACAUUGAUCAUUUGUCUUCUCGAAAAUGCACAAGCUUUUACAGUGAAGCAAUUCGAACCAGUAGUAUUGAUGCUUUAAACAAUAAAGACUCCUUUAUAUUUUUAAUCCUUUAUAAACAAA